CGAGACGAAAAGAGAGAAGACAGGCGACCAGUUCAUUGACAGAGGAAAACUUUCAGAGUGAUGAUGACUAUUAAUAUGUGAUCAGGAAGAAUCAAAAUCAUGUCUUCGGGGGCGACGCAUUUUGGUGUCGUUGACCAGGCGAUCAAGUCAAUGAAAACUGUUGAGGAAUAUAUAGAUGUUGGAAUGGAAACAACCAUAGAUGUUGUACAAGAUUUGGUGGAGAAUGAUAAAGAAAAUGAAGCUGGAGUAGCAGAGCUAGAGAAAGUGAUGAAAAGUUACAUAAAGAUGGAAUCCGAUCUUCACAGGUUCUUGGAGGCCGUCCAACAAGUCAAACAUAAGGCAUCCAAAUCAAAGGAACGUAUGGACUUGGAGAGUCUGCUAGAUAAAACAUUGGAGGAAUUGCCCAAGAGCAAUGUGGAGGUUCUAUGUCAUGAUCAUGUUAAAUUCCAAGAUUUCAAGGAAAGGAUAUUGGAAAUUCAACACCCAGAUGAGUCGGUACCAGCAUCAGCUUUGACUGGGCCAUCAAGUACAGGUGAUGAUGAUGUUGCCAUGACGCAGCCAGAGAUCAACACUCGAUGUCCCUACACAGGCAUGGAAAUGAAAAAUCCAGUUAAAAAUAAAGCUUGUGGACACAAGUAUGAUAAGGAGGGUAUCCUGCAAUAUAUCAAGAACAAAGGAAAGCGUGCUAAGUGUCCAAUCAAUGGAUGUGUUAAUGUAAAGACUUUAGAUGCCAGUUGUCUAGAGGAAGACCGUGAACUGAAACGCUACAUUGAACGCAAACAAAGAGGAAAACGCUCACAGAGGACAUAGAUGCAGUUGUCUAGAGGAAGACUGUGAACUGAAACGCUACAUUGAACGCAAACAAAGAGGAAAACGCUCACAGAGGACAUAGAUGCAGUUGUCUAGAGGAAGACCGUGAACUGAAACGCUACAUUGAACGCAAACAAAGAGGAAAACGCUCACAGAGGACAUAGCAGCAUGGUUAAAUGAACAAGUCUUUGACUAAAUUUCUGUAAUUUAAUGAUCUCUUGAACGUUAUAAAUGUUUAAUUUUAUGAUAUGGAGACUAAAUGCAAACUGGUGAUCAAUAUAUUUUUUCUUAAUUGACGGAGUUUGAUUGUUUUAUCAACUUAGAAUGUUAUAAUUACUGAUAUCUGAGCUGUUAGGUUGAGUGGCAUGGCCAAUAUUUUGGAGGUGUUUAAUGAAUAAAUACCUGCUUCUGUUUUUUAGAAAAGAUAUAGAAUGGAUAGUAAUUCUAGUUCUCAGAUAUAUUUCUGAAAUUGCCAUGUUUUAAUCUAGAUCAAAAGAUAUAAACUUGUACAGCAUCACUUUUAUUAGUUUUACUUAUGAGUUUUAAUCUUCACAAUUAUUACUUAUAUCAACUAUGGAUGGAUAACAACUUAACACUCCGCAACAGCCUUGACCUAACACUCCGCAACAGCCUUGACCUAACACUCCACAACAGCCUUGACCUAACACCUUGACCUGAGUUCCUAAGUAUACAUACACAUCUGAGACUCUUUGAACGAAUCUGUGUUUUCCCUGACAUAGUCGAUAAUGUCUAGGCUACUUUGUAAGUCUAAAUCAUAUUGAUUUGUCAAUAAUACUUGAAAAAUUGGCGUUAAUCACCAAUACUGUCCUUUCUUGAAUUUGAGGUGAUCACAUUACUGAAACUUGCGGGUAACUGUGCAAUGAUUGAGUACCCAGGGCGAAAAUUGUGUUCCCAUGACAGCCGUAGAAAUGAGUUCCAUUUGUUUUCCCUUCAUUCAUGAUCACAUGAUCUUAUUUAAACUUGGUGCUGCUACCUUCAAAUUGCAUUUGAAGCUGGGGAAACCUUUUGUUUUAUCUUUUAUUGCUUAAUGUUGAUGACCUUUAAAAAAUAAUACAUGACAAAAUUUUCUUAAAAUAAGUAUUUGAAUAUUGUUCUUUUCUAUAUCAUUGUUGGUCAUAUUUUUGUCAAACAUCAGGUUACACACCGUACCACUUUAUGGAAGGGAGAGAAUUUGAAAUGCUUUGAGAGAAAUUGAUUUUGCUGUGAAAAGGAGAGGACAGAAUGUGAAAUCUAUACCCAUUGUUACACGGAUUGGCAAAGUAUUGACCUGGGAAAUGUUAUGUUGUUAUAACAUUUCAUCAACCAUGUCAAAUCAUCCAACCAUGUCACCAAGAAUAUGAUAAAUUUGCUUUCUAAGCAAGUAUACUAUUUUGAAAAUGUUAAGAAUGUGGAAAAAUAGUCAAAAGUUUGUCAUGUGAAGGCAGCAUGCUGGCGUUUGUCAUGUGAAGGCAGCAUGCUGGCGUUUGUCAUGUGAAGGCAGCAUGCUGGUGUUUGUCAUGUGAAGGCAGCAUGCUGGUGUUUGUCAUGUGAAGGCAGCAUGCUGGUGUUUGUCAUGUGAAGGCAGCAUGCUAGUGUGAUGUUAUUAGUUAAAUGUUACAGUAAGGAGGAUGUGUUACCAGCUUGGUAGUUUUCUAACCCACAAUGUUACGGGUAAUCACCAACACCUGAAGUGUAUCAGGACACAUUUGACUGUGAUGACACAAUGAUGUAAAUUUUGUUUUAUAUCAAAUAAAGCAGAAAAUGUUU